GCUGGCACUUCGGCAUUCGCUGUCGAUCGUUACGCAUCCGAGAAUAACGCCAUUGUGUAAAAAGAAUCCACGACGCUCGGAUAGUGCACGCUGAGGACCGGACUUUCCACCGGACACGUAGUUUUCCUUUAAGAGUUUUCCUCCUGUGAUAUUUAGACUGUGCCAACAUUAGAAACGAGGGAAAGAAUUGAAACAUGGAGGACGAUCAGCAGUUCUGCCUAAGGUGGAACAAUCACCAGAGCACGCUCAUCCAAAACUUUGACACACUCCUCGAGAGCGGCACGUUGGUCGACUGCACCCUGGCGGCGGAGGGGAAGUACCUAAAGGCUCACAAAGUGGUCCUCUCCGCGUGCAGUCCAUACUUUGAGGGCCUUCUCAGCGAACACUAUGACAAACAUCCAGUCUUCAUUCUCAAAGACGUGAAAUUUAAGGAGCUUAAGGCCAUGAUGGACUACAUGUACAGGGGAGAAGUUAAUAUAUCCCAAGACCAAUUGGCAGCAUUACUCAAAGCGGCCGAGUCCUUACAAAUAAAGGGCCUCUCGGAAAGCAAGACUGGUGGUACCAACAGCAACAGCAGCAGCACCAAAACAGACUCGAGGCAACAAAAAACAACACAACCGCCUGUAUUGUCAGACAUUCCACAUGGGUCUUCCGGUCUCACAAUUGAGAAGAACAGCAAAGUUCCUAGGCAGAGUGUAGCGCAUGUAUCGGUUGCUGAUGUACCAGAGGACUCGGCCAGUCCACAAUUACCCAAAGGCGUUUCCUCCAGGGAAGGCUCCCAAAGUCCGCUUCCCAGAAAAAGAAAAAGAAUAAGAAGAAGAAGCGGUGGUGAUGAUAAUUCAAUGGAUAACCACGAGGCAUCAAAUUCUAGUGAUAUACCCCAGCAAUUGGGUAUAACAUCGCUCGGUCUGACGCCUGUUGGGGAUGACAAAUCACACUCAGAGCCUGGAGAUGUUGUCGGCAAGUCAGCACUCAUGUCCCACCUGACGAAACCCACCGACGACAUUCAUCAGAUUUCCCUGGAAAAGGCUGAACCUACAGAUAACCUGAUUGAGCCAAAGUCCGAGUACCUGGAGGACCCUGAGGAGAGUGUUGAAGACUUGACACUGGAUGAUGACAUGAAUGACCUCAAUGAACUGGAACAAGACAACAACAGAGCCGGACCUUCGUCGCACGAUCCAAGUCAACAUCCUGGUCUCGCAGCGUGGCAUGUAACGGGCGAUCGAAGUAAUGCGGGUGGCGUCGUGGGAGCGGUAGCUGGAGCCCCUGGGGCUAAUGACGAAGUUUUCCUCGCCGCCCAGGAGGCCGCCCAGGCCCACCGCGACUCUCAAGUUCAUCCUAAAUUCCAAGGACAGUGGAAAUGCCCCAGAUGCAACAAGGGUUUCAAGAAGAAAAAUGCUAUGGAGACGCACUACAAAUAUGUUUGCAGUCGAGAGCCCCAUCAUGGCUGUCCCUUCUGCAGCCACAGAACCAAAAAGCUCUUCAACAUGCGGAGGCACAUGGAGAGCUGGCAUCCGGGACAGGAGAGGCCAAUUCUCAAGCUCCAGGAUCAUCAAGACUAUAAAUUCAAGUGUCCCUAUUGCAGCAUGGGCUCUGACAACAGAUCCAGUGUCUACAGACACGUGAGAAAUCGUCACGCUGGCCAUCCGGUUCACUCCAUCGAGAGAAUCUAAACCUGGAUUAAUUGCAAUUGCACUUAUCGUAAUUAUCGAGACGUGUCCUGUGAUGGACAUUGACGACUCAGCUCUCAUAAUUGAACGUGAGAUUGACGAGUUCAAUAGAUUCAACCAGUACCUCAUUGUUUUAUGAGAACGAAUAAAUAAAUAUAAUUUUUAAUAAAUUUUCAAAGCUCUCAGCAUGAGUUUGUCACUUCUUGGUACUCUGCCACUCUCCAUUGACUUCCAAGUCCUGGGGAUGCUUCAUCAAAUGAAUUCUUUGAAUUUCAGUUGAUCCUAAAUUUCGGACAGCUCGAUCUUUCAAAGUUACCGGUUACUCUGACUCGUUUAAUGCUCUCUAUUAAUUGUGUGAAUAUCGUGGAUAGAUUGGUUAACUCAUCUUGAAUUUUCAGAAGUGUCAAUCGAUCCUCUUAAAGGCAGAGAUCUGAUGACGUGCACCAAGUGUCAGAAUGUCAACUACCCUCGACCUUCUGUACAGAUGUCCCUUCUGCAAUGAAAAGGACAACGACACUAUUAACAUGGCUCCUUGAAGAGGAUCUACGGUUGCAAUCAGGAGCUCAGAUUUCACUGUCCCUAUACCAGUAUGAGAUCAAAGAAUAGAUCCAACAUGUACAGACACGUUAGGACUCGUCACACUGGCACGUCAGUUCAUCUCAUCGAUUUAUUAACCAACUGCAUUCGUUAUCCUUUCCCAAACAAGUGAUAUUUAAUCAAUAAAUGUCAUUAAUCUCUCCCCCAAGUAUCUACCAAAUGUGUGUCGACUCUAAGUCUGAGUCCUGAAGUUUUCAGGCAUCUCCAUCGCUACCCUGAAUUCAGAACCUGAUCGAAUUGUUCUGUCAUAACAGCUUUCAAACAAAUGUCUGUCUUCAAGGACAUCCUAGCUUCUUCCUGGAAUAAAAGACAGAAUAAUCCACGAAUAAUCAACAAUUCAAUCUCGAUCAGUGUCCAACAAAUGAGAAGUCAACUGUAUUGUUGUUUCCACAGAGACUCUCGUGGUUGAAAAUAAAUAAAUUCCAUCAGUAUCAUCUCA